GGGGGUAGUGGGGUUAAGAGGUUCGUUGGUUUGUUCUGAAUGAGAAAUAACACCAUGCUGAUGAGAAUGGUUCACUAGAAAGUGAAAAAUCACUGUUGGAACUUUCUGUUUCCUCAAAGCUCAUUCCCGACCACUUUUGCCAUCAGAACUCUCCUCAGGCAUCCCUGCUCUGGCUCCAGCCUGCGCAAGAACAGCCUCCUCGACCUCAGCUUUCACUCAAUGUUCUCUGACACCCACAUUCCACUUCAGUGGCAGCUUCUUGGCAGGACUGUGUCUUAUGUAGCCCUCGCUGGCCACUUGGCAUGUGAGUGGAAGUAGGAAUAGGUUAUAUGCACCAUGGCUAUGACUAGUGUCAGAUUGCCCACCAGUAUUUUAAGAAAGCCAGAUGCCUGGAUUGGACUCUGGGGAGCGCUACGAGGGACACCUUCACACAAACUCUGUGCUUCCUGGAAUCGGUACUUCUGUUUUUCUAGUACCAAAUUAAAUGCACCAAGUUAUAAAACACUUUUCCAUAACAUUUUCUCACUGAGACUCCCAGGACUUUUAAUAGCUCCAGAAUAUAUUUUCCCGUUUUCUAUAAGACUCAAAAGUAAUAUAAGCUCUAAAAAAUCCACUAAAAAGACUCUGCAGAAAGUUGAAGCUGAAGAGGACUCUGAUGAAGAGAGCGAUCAUGAAGUGAGUGAGCAAGAAGAGGAGCUGGAGGAUGACCCCAGUGUGGUCAAAGACUAUAAAGACCUGGAGAAAGUAGUGCAGUCUUUUCGGUAUGAUAUUAUCCUGAAGACAGGCCUAGAUAUUGGCAGAAACAAAGUGGAAGAUGCAUUCUACAAAGGUGAACUCAGGCUGAACGGGGAAAAAUUAUGGAAGAAGAGCAGAACGGUGAAAGUGGGAGAUACGUUGGAUAUUCUAAUUGGAGAAGAUAAGGAAACAGAAACAGAGGUAGUGAUGCGGAUUCUCCUGAAAAAAGUGUUUGAAGAGAAGACUGAAAAUGAAAAAUACAGAGUGGUCUUACGACGGUGGAAAAAGUUAAAAUUGCCUAAAAAGAGUGUGAUGAAAUAAAUGGAUUGCUUUUUAACAAUAAAGCGUUUUCUACUGGUCGGGGAAGGAGCGAGCUCAGAAAGCAGGCAUUUUUAUUCAGAUAAAGUUCUCACCAUUUGUGGAAUCUGCUGAACCAUGUUGGAGCAAUCAGGAUCCAUAUCUUGGAGUCUACCCAGCCUGGA